CAGUACAGGUCGGGCAGGCGAGAAAGUUUUAGAAGGGCAGCGUCUCUCUCCCUCUCGCUUGCAACACAGCUCGACGGUUCUCCGACGAGGUUGCCUCGGCACUUUUGCAUUGUGUUCCUGGUGCAUUGGGUUGGAAAUCAGGGGAGCGGUUGGAGCCAAUUCGGGAGCCAUGGCAGGAGGAGGAGGGCACGGCGCUCACAACAUCACUCACGGUGGACUGUCCCUCCACGCCACGAAAGGAUGGCAUUCGCGCGUCGGCCAAGGCAUGUGCGCCGUCAUGUGGCUCUGGGUUUUGUACAGAGCGAAACAAGACGGUGCAGUGUUGAUGGGAUGGCGUCAUCCUUGGGAGGGUCAUGGGCACGGUGGACACAAUGAACAUGAAGAGGCUAAGCAUCGCUGAAACAAGUUGGAGCCUGGCAUCUCCGGAGAGAGGAACAUUCGAAGUUUUCUUGCACAUCAAAUGACUCGCGUAGUUUUCUUGACAGCUGAUAGAGUACUGUGAGGGCACUGAAUCUUAAUCCUGUAGCUUUCCAGUCUUGAAAUUGUUUAUUACAUGAGGUUCACCAGCUCAGAGCAUGUGAAGAAUACGAGGGGUCAAGGGCUAGUGUAUUCGUUGGUUUGAAGAGGGCUUUUUGUGUUCUGGAACAUAGCAUACCUUGGUUCGUACUGCGUUACCUUUUCUUUUUCCCCAACCAAUAAGCUUAUUCCAUUGGUUUUAAUUACGAGAGAACUACAUUGUAUCCUUUCUCAGUCGUACCUCUGAUAACACAUUCAGUGUUUAUGUGCAUUAUCAUUGUGUCUACCAGAACCCGCUACUUUACAUGAACUAAAGCAAAGCGAAAUAAAACUGCUGGUAGGUCUGGCCUUUUUUUUCCCCCUUUCUGGGCAAA